GCCUGCCUGAGGCAGAAGCCCUAGAACCGGGUUGGAGUCAUUCACUACUCCGUAUAUUCACUAUCAAUUAGCCCAAUCCACAACUCAGUACGCAUACUAUAGCAUGGCUGAGAGUGAAUAGGUUCUCCCAGCGUAACAAGUUCGCAACUAGUGUGCUUGAUGGCUGAGGCGGAGGCUUCUCCCACAUCACCCCAAGGAAGUUCGACUUGUCGACAAACCCAACCUGACUCUCCUGCUGAUUCUGUCCAUCAUCCUUGACAGCUCCAUCCCCACCACCCAAGAUGUCACAGCUAGGGUUCCUUUGGAGCCGCGUGUUAGCUGCCUGGCUCCUCUCCACCGUCCACCGGGGUCUCGUCCGCGCUGAAGGCUUCACCUAUCCCACUCAGGAUAGCCACAAAUACCUCGUCGGGGACUUGGUGAAUGUGACCUGGGACUUGAUAACGCCGCGUAUCUCCCUCUACGAGGAAUGCGCGACUCCUGUCCUCCUAGAAUACAACGUCUCCAACACACAAAGUUACGUCUGGAAUGCCACCCGCGACCACUACACCGAGUCGGGCUGCGUCUUCCAGCUCGUGCCUCUCACAGCCGACGGCUCGCUGAAUCCCCCCAAUCUCACGAGCGUCUACUUCGGGGUCAACAAGCGUUACAGCAACGACCCAGCGCCUACAUCCUACAACUUCGGGGGCUCGACCUCCUCGACCGCAACCUCAUCCGCCACCACCUCCUCCACGAUCAGCACUGUAACAGCCUCUUCAGCAUCCACAUCCACAUCCGCAGCCGCAGCCGCAACCACAACAGCCACCCACCCCACCACCGCGGCAACAACAGGUAUCACCACGGCCCAGAAAGUCGGACUCGGGUUGGGGGUGCCACUAGGCGUGCUGGCGCUAUCGCUCGCCGGCGCGUUCCUCUGCAUGUCUCGUCGUCGUAGAGAAGGCAGAGGCGCGAUCGAGCCGGACCAAACGCCUGUGUCACCGUCGGCCCAGCAGCAACAGUCCUAUACUAUUCCACAGGUGGUGGAGCAGGUGGCACCACCCAAGUCCCCGUUCGAGGGGUCCUGGAUGUCGAGGGUGUCCGGGGCGGAGACGUCGCUUGCGGAGCUGCCGGCGGGGGAUGUGGAGGUGGCGGGGCAGUCGGAGAUGAGGGCGAGUGAUCGGCCUGUGAGUGAAUUGCUGGGGACGCCCAGGAUUGAGGUCGGGUAA